ACUCCCGGCCCCGCCCCCGGAGGCCGGAAAAGGCGGGGUGGCCUCGGCGUCGCGUUCCGUCUGGCGGACGGGGCGCCUUCUUCGGGACCCCGGCGGUCGGGGCUGCUGUGCAGGGUCGGAGUUCGGGUCACAGGCUCGGCUGCCAUGAAGGUGAAGAUUAAGUGCUGGAACGGUGUGGCCACUUGGCUCUGGGUAGCCAAUGAUGAGAACUGCGGCAUCUGCAGGAUGGCAUUUAAUGGCUGCUGUCCAGACUGUAAGGUGCCUGGGGACGACUGCCCUCUGGUGUGGGGGCAGUGUUCGCACUGCUUCCACAUGCACUGCAUCCUCAAGUGGCUGAACGCGCAGCAGGUGCAGCAGCACUGCCCCAUGUGUCGCCAAGAGUGGAAGUUCAAGGAGUGAGGCCUGUGUUCCCUCUGUCAGCGCCGGGCUAGGCUCCGCCCCGGGCCAGGCUCCGCCCCUUCCCUCCCCUCCUCACAGUGGUACCUGGGCCCUGGUUCUGCACUGGGGACAAGGAUGCCUUCCUUUUGGCUGAAACAAGGAGGUCUUUUUGUUUGUUCGUUUUUUCAUCGCAUCAUUGACACUUUUAUUCAAUAAGUAAAACUCAUUAAAGUCCCGAGCCUUCCUGGAGGCCUCUGGCUGCUUUCUUGACAUUGAUA